ACUCAUCUGCUCAUAGCACCCGAGCUCCCCGCAGGUCUCCUCGUGGCCUCCUCGGCCUCUCCUCCCCAGUCUCCCCUCCCACGGCUUUCUUCGGUGGCCUUGGUCCCUCCCCGGCUGCUGUCCUCAGGCCUCAUUGGCCCCUCAUCUCCCCAGUAACCAGACCACAACAGUGAGCUUGGAGCAUCCAGGACAUGUCAGGCACUCCAGCCCAGCAGCCCUCUCCUGCUCGCCGUCUGAAGGGGCCCUGUGCCACCCCUACAGGAGCCCCACGCUCUUUGGCCAAGAUGCCUUUAGGACUCUCUGCUGGGAGCGCUCGUUCCGAGGAUGGAAGCGAGGCCUUCCUGGAGGGAACGGUGGAUUGGGAGCUGAGCAGACUGCAGCGGCAAUGCAAAGUGAUGGAGGGUGAAAGGCGAGCCUACAGCAAGGAGGUCCAUCAGCACAUCAACAAGCAACUUGAGGAGAUCCAGCGCCUGGAAGGGGUGCGGGACAAGCUGCAGGUCCAGAUCAGCAUUGCCCAGAGCCAGGUCACGCGGCAGCAGGACAGCAAGAGGCUGGAAAACAUGGGUCACCUGCUCAAGUGCCGGGUCCAGGCGCAGGCUGAGGUCAAGGAGCUGCAGGAGCAGACCAGAGCCCUGGACAGGCAGAUCCAGGAAUGGGAGAGCCGGAUCUUUGCCCAUGGGAAGGAUGUCAAGGCCUCGGGAUGCAUCCUGGAUCAGAAGGUCAAGAGCCAGCGAAGGAUUAAGAUCCUUGAAGACCAGUUGGACAGGGUCACCUGUCGCUUUGACAACCAGCUGGUUCGGAAUGCAACCUUGCGGGAGGAGCUGGAUCUCCUGCAGAUCGAGAGGAACCGCUAUCUGAAUGUGGACCGCAAGCUGCAGAAGGAGUUGCAGCUCCUGCGGGGCACGGUCAGGACCCUCAUGGUCUCCUCCACCUCUGCCUACACCAUCAGGGAGGAGGCGAAGGCCAAGUUAGGCAUGCUGCGGGAGAGGGCAGAGAAGGAGGUGGCCCAGAACGACACGGAGGUGCAGAUCUUGCAGCGGCAGAUCGCGCACUUGGAGCAGCUGCACCGUUUCCUCAAACUCAAGAACGGCGAUCGGCAGCCGGAUCCCGCCGUCGUGGAGAAGCGCGAGCAACGGGCCCGGGAGGUGGCCGAAGGCCUCCGGAAGACCUCCCAGGAGAAGCUGGUGCUGCGCUACGAGGACGCCCUGAAGAAACUGUCCCAGCUGACCGGGGAGAGCGACCCGGACUUGCUGGUGGAGAAGUACCUGGAGUUGGAGGAGCGGAACUUCGCGGAGUUCAAUUUCAUCAAUGAGCAGAACUCAGAGCUGGAGCGUCUGCAGGAGGAGAUCAAGGAGAUGCAGGAGGCCUUGGAGAGCGGGCGCCGCAGUGAGGAGGACCGUCGCUCGAGGCAAGAGCAGCAGCGGGCCGAGUUGCAGCAGCGCGUGGACGAGGUGCACACGGAGGCCGAGAACCUGGAGGCCCGCUUCCAGAACUUUCGCGGGCAGCUGGAGAAGCUUAAGACCGAUAUCCAGCACCUCUUCACCAGGGCCCAGUGUGACAGCACGGUCAUCAAUGACCUCCUAGGGGUCAAGAGCCACAUGAGAGACCGGGACAUAGGCCUCUUCCUGGGCCUCAUAGAGAAGCGGCUGGUGGAGCUUCUGACGGUGCAGGCCUUCCUCGAAACCCAGAGCAACCUCUCUGCCAGCUUGCCUAACGCUGCCCUCCUGGUGCUGGGCCAGAGCCCCGAGGAUCUUCCCAAGAAAGUGGCCCCACCUCAGCCCCCUGACAAUCUUGAGGACCCCCCAGGCUUUGAGGCCAACGACGACUACCCGCUCAGCGAGGGGGAGCUGCUGAGCUACGUGGUGAAGUCGCUGGAGGCCCGGGAGCAGGCGAAGGGUCAGUACCUGAAGCAGCUGGCUGAGGCCGUCACGAAGGUGGACAGCACCCAGAGCGUGACCCUCUCCAGCACCCAGGCCAGCUCCGGCCUGCCCCUGCUGCCCAAGAGCCCCAGCGCUGUCCCCGGCUCCCUCACGAGCCACAGGGCUAGCGGCAUCCUGGCGUCCAGCGGAGGCCGCGCCACCAGCUCCAAUGUCGGCCAUGUCACCUUUAGGGACCCCAGCUCCAGCACAGGCCACGCGACCUUCGGCUCCACCAGAGCCGUCAAAGGGGGACUUAUGUCCAGCCGGGGCUCGACUGAGGGCCGAGCGAUCUUCACAUCCCCCAACUCUAGCAGCUACCUGGGGUCCACUGGAUACUUGGGGUCCAGCAGAGGCCACGAGAGCUUUGGGGGCCCGGAGAGCAAAGGCCCUGAGUCAGAAUCGAGUGGAGGCCUCGAGUCCAGCAGAGGCCAAGUCUCAAGCACUGGCCCUGCCUCUAGCACUGGCCGGGUCUCCACCACCAGCAAAAAUUCCCAGAGCAAAUACUAGGGGCACCCAGCCCCAACCCGGCCCCUGGCUCCUUGCAGGGCCUUCUCUGGGUCUCUGCCUCUUAAUUUCCCCUAUGCCUCUCCAUCUUUCUCACCCAGCUCCGGGUGACCUGCCUGCACACCUGUCUGCAUCUCCCCUUCACUAUGUCUCUGCAUCUCUUCCCAUCAGCUCCCCGUCAUCUGUCGCCUGGUCCCCCUCUCUGUUUCCAACCUGCCCUUCCCUUUCGGUUCCCUAAUCUUUUGUUCUCUAGGCUUCUCGUUCAGUGUGUCUCUGUCCUGUCUCCAUGUUUGUCUCCCCAUCUCUACUCUGACCUCUCUGAUUAUCCCCCCCACCUCCUGUUUCGGCUUCCCCAUUUCUAACUCCCUCUCCUCCAUCUCCCAGGCCCUCCUCACAUCUCAUGUCCUUGUCUCUGUAGCUCCUCAUUCCUUGUCCUCAAGAGUCCCCAGUACUGACCAGUGGGGGAAGGAUGGGGGCAAAGACAUCAGGGUCAGCAUGAGCUGUGACCAUAGGAAAUAAAGGCCAGAGUCUGAUUUUUACCCCAGCCUGGUUACAAGCGUAUAUGUGAGUGAGUGAGCAUAAGACGUGGCUGUUUCCUCUACCUUUGGCCCGGGAGAAAAUGUAUGACCCUGUCCCUAUUCCCUGCCAUUCAUUCAUUUACUCACUUUUUUUUUUUUUUUUUUUUGAGACUUGCACAUUUCAGGCUCUACUGAGAACCAGAAACCGUAUCAGUCAGGAUAGGCUGGGUUAUGCUGCAGUAAGAAGCAACCCCAGAAUCUCAGUGUGUACCUUUAACAUUUUUUAAUUUAUAUUUUGGAAUUCUUCAUAUCUCAAGAGAGGGGACUGAAAGCAGCAUGUCAACCUUGCUACCUCAACAUUGCACAGGAAAGAAAAAAACUCCAAAUUGCCCCCCAAAUUGCCCACCACGUCGUUGAUUAAUUAGCUUUAAUCAAGACAUACAAACGAUAUAAAUAGUGACAACAGAAAGAAAGUAUUAAAGAAAAAUAAGGGACCUAGAACUCAUUUUGUUCUCACAAAUGCAGUUCAACACACAGGCUUUAUAAGAAUGCUUUAAGAACACAAAACCAUCUUCAAAAUUGGACUCAAAAAAUGGGACAAAAUUGGAGGUGACUCUUGCCUGUGUGUGUCGGGGCUGCGAGCAGGGGUCGCCACCUUCUACUCUCAGCCAUCCCGGAAGUUGUCAUCGGUGGGCCUGGCACCGUUUGCUAAUUUAGUACAAACGUGGGCUCACUAGUUUUGUUUGUAAGAUAAUUAAUCCAUCAGAGUCAUGGGAUUUAGUUUCCCAUCGUGAGGGAAAGGGCUAUCGAUCUUGUGAUCUAACGAGAAAGCUUACCUGUAUUUAUUCAGUUUACAGGCAGGAUGUUAAAAGCAGGGCAGCAAAUGACCAAGACAACCCAGCAGGGUGAAAGCCUUCUUCUGGAGGGAAUAGUCACUGGACCUGACCACAACUCCUACAGUUCGGGGCAUGGUAGAAAACAUUUUUGUUGAAAUCACUUCUGAGAAAUAUUCAUAAGGAACAGGAGAUGUUGGAAUGAAUUAUUAAUUUUCAAAGUCUCUUAAGCGCACAGUACAAAGUUAAUAAUUUUGUAAAAGUUCUCCCCUUCACACCGUAUCAAAUCAGAUCCUUUGAAUUAACGAUAUGAUGCAGAAUCCCAUCUCUUCCCUAACAGUUGCAGGGGAGGGGAACUCUCCAUCUCUUUUCCCGUUGAUUUGACAAACAUUUAUUGAGUACUUACUAUGUGCCAUACAGAGUACUAGGCUCUGGGGAUAUAACAGUGAACAAGAAAUUUAAAAACGGGUACUUCAGGAAGGCGAUGGAAAUGGCAGCUCCCUAGGAUGUGACUUCUGAAAGUUAGGCUGUCAUUCUCACUUUCUCCUUUGGGACCUGGGAAGUCUCAUCUUGGCGGGGGGCAGAGUCAUGACGACCGGCCCUAUUUGCCAUCCCAGAGGGACUUCCUCUUUCUCUCCUAAGACAGGACAAUGAGUACAGAGAACCCAGACCCUCAGGUCUCCCCUCCCAAAGUGGUCUCAAACCCCUAUAGCAGGAGGCUUUCAGCCUUAAACACCCCACCCCGAGUCUCAGCCACCUCAAGGGUCCUAGAGCUACACAGAGCAGAGCCUCCCCUGGUCCAGGGGCUGGGCUCACCAUCUAUGGAUGGUCAACCUUGUGGCAACAAGCUCAGAAUAGAACUGAGGUCACUUAAAGAAAAGUCAGAGAAUCAAACCCAGAAUCCUCUUGGUUCCCAAGUAAGACAGCACUACCCUCGGGGUCAUAGUCACAUCCCCUGUGGCUCAGGGUGGAGAGAGGGAUGGAGGACGCAGGCUUGCUGGGCCAAGGCUGUAGCUAGGAGACAAAGAGUGGGCUGCUGAUACCUGCUUUCAAGUGGGGGUGAUUUUUGUGGCGGUGACAGUGGUGGUGAUAGUGGUGAUGUCGGUGAUGGCCGUAGUGGCGAUGGCGAUGCUGAUGGUGACAGAGAAGGGGAUGUGAUGAUUAUGAUGACGACCGUGGUGACGAUGGUGAUGGUGACAGUGGUGUUGGCAGUGAUGCUGUGAGUGCCACCUCAAUGUAGAUUCUUUAUUGCCGUCUCAGAUUCAUUUUGUCACAUAAGAAGACUUGCGUUUUUUAAGCCUGAGCUCGGGAAUGUCAUUCAUUUACAUUACACAGUAAUAAGAAAACAGCAGACCAGUGCAGCUCAAUCUUAUUGGCAAAAUGGAGAAAGGACUAAAUUAAAUUGUACUCAACAGCGUGAAAUGUGGAGCAUUUAGUGACGUCUCUGCUUUAGGACGGAGGCAGAAACUGGCACUGUCACAUACAACCUGUGUGGAUUUGGACAAGUGUCUUCACCUCUCUGAGCUCCGUUCAUCUUGAAGUCAGAGGGGGAAUCCCUGGAGGUGUGAUCAGGGGAUCUGACCAACAUUUAAAAAUAGGAAUACAGUAGAAUAAAAAACAUCAUGCAGUACAGGGUGGUAUUUGAUGAAACCAUGUUAAUGUGAAAUGAUUUCUUACUGCGCGUCACGGCCAGAAAAGUUUGGAAGCCACUGGUAGAUGGCACCCAUCAUCAUACACUGAUUUUCAGACGACUGCCCACUAAUAACACCCGAUAUCAACUCCCUUUCAGAUGUCGAUUCCACUUCACCCAAAGCAAAUGUUCCGGGUCUCCCAGCGGCUCUGUCUUAGCAGAACUCCGCCGCCAGGUGGCGCCCGUGCCCCGCCGUGAGCGGAUUCUUCUCCGUCCUGACUCAGCCCAAGCUGGUGAUUUCCUUGGGGUCCCCCCUCGCCCCGAGGAUCGAGUUUACUGGGACUAAACGUCUUGACCACGAAUAGAAUUCCCCGAGCAGAGCACGGCAGGAGGGCGCAGGCGGUCACGAAGGGAUGUGGCCAUCCUAAGAUAUCCACUCAUCCCUUCUUGAUUCCACAAUGUUCAUUAAAUGCCUGUGUGCACCAGACGAGGUGCCCCCACCCAGAGCUCACAUCCUGAUGGGGGAGGACGGACAAGAUCCCAAAUUCAAGACCCCACCAGUACAGGGAAGCCUACCCACCUAGUCCGGUGCAGGACGGCACGAGGUAGAAUCUCGCCCGCCCCCAGCCGGCUGUGACCUUGGGCAGCUUGCUUAGCCUCCCUGUGCCCCAGUUUCCCCUGCUACAAAACGGGACUAAUAGCACCCACUUCAUAGGGUUGUCGUGAGCAUU